UGUCAGAGAAGAAAAGCGAGAGAAUUUGCAGAGGUAAUUCAGAGGAGGCAGGAAGGCAGGCUAAGAAGUGUACUGUAAAAGUUGUACUUUGGAAUGUCGUCUCAGUUUUAGAGAGAGAGACAGAGAAGUGAGAGCUGCAGGAGUUGUAGAAUUUGGAGAAACGAACAAGACGAGGGAAGACAGAACAUAUACAAGAAGAAAGAAGAAUGCCAGGGAGCUUAGAGCCAUUGGAUGUAGGAGUUCAGAUCCCAUACCAUUUCAGGUGCCCAAUCUCUCUCGAGCUGAUGCGCGAUCCGGUCACGGUUGGAACGGGCCAGACCUACGAUCGAUCCAGCAUCGAAUCGUGGGUGGCUACUGGCAACACAACCUGCCCUGUCACUCGAUCCCCACUCUCCGACUCCAUCCUCAUCCCUAACCACACCCUCCGUCGUCUCAUCCAAGACUGGUGCGUUUCCAACCGCUCCCUCGGCGUCGAACGGAUCCCAACUCCCAAACAACCAGCCGAUCCAGCUCUAGUCCGCACUCUCCUUGCCCAUGCCUCUUCCCAAUCCGUCCCGCUCCACUCCCGCCGCUCCGCUCUUCGACGCCUCAAGGGAUUCGCUCGCGAUUCCAACAAGAACUGUUCCGUCAUCGCUGCUCACAACGCCCGCUGCCUCCUACUUACCCUCGUCUUCUCUAACGAAUCUGAUGAUCUCACCCACGAAUCACUCGCGCUCCUAGUCAUGUUCCCGCUCUCCGAGUCCGAGUGCGAAUCCGUCGCUUUCCAACCGGAUCGGAUCGCCAUCCUGGCAUCCCUGCUCUCCCACUCGUCCAUCGAAGUCCGAGUCAAUGCGGCGGCACUCCUCGAGAUGGCGGUCACGGGAACUCAGUCCAUGGAGCAUCGGAUCAUGAUUGGAAAUGUCGACGGCGUUCUGGAAGGGAUAACGGCAAUCUUGAAACAUCCGUUGGCGUACCCGAGAGCGUUGAAGGUCGGAAUAAAGGCUCUCUUCACGUUGUGCCUGGUGAAGCAGAAUCGGAUCAAGGCGGUCGAGGCCGGAGCGGUCGAGGCACUCAUCGACCGUCUCGCCGAUUUCGAGAAGUGCGACGCGGAGCGAGCCCUGGCGACGGUGGAGUUGCUCUGCCGGGUGCCGGCGGGUUGCGCGGCCUUCGCUUCCCACGCGCUGACGGUUCCGAUUCUUGUGAAGAUCAUACUGAAGAUAUCGGAUAGGGCGACGGAAUACGCGGCGGGUGCUCUGCUGUCACUGUGCUCCGCAUCGGAGCAGUUGCAGAGGGAUGCAGUGGCGUGCGGGGUAGUGACGCAGCUCUUGCUGCUGGUGCAGAGCGAUUGCACGGAGCGAGCCAAGCGCAAGGCACAGUUGCUGCUUAAGCUUCUCAGAGAAUUGUGGCCCGAUCAUUCCAUUGCCAAUUCUGACGAUUUUGGUGGUAUUGAUGUUGUUCUCUAUUGAGAUUCUUCUUCUUUUUCUUUUUUUUUCCUCUUGAAA